AUGCUCCGGUCCGGUCAUAUUAUUUCGCUACUCUCAGUCAUUCCUGCUCUAGCUACAGCAGAUUCUGAAACGCCGUUGCCGCUGGUGAUCUGGCAUGGGCUAGGCGACAGCUACCAGGCAGAGGGCUUGCAAGAAGUCGCGCAACUCGCCGAGGAAGUCAAUCCUGGGACAUAUGUGCAUAUAAUUCACUUGGACGAGUCCGAUGGAGGUGAUCGACAAGCUACAUUCUUUGGAAACGUGACCGAACAAGUCGCCCAGGUCUGCGAUCAGCUAGCCUCGGAGCCGAUCCUGAGUACGGCGCCUGCAAUUAAUGCUCUGGGAUUCUCACAGGGCGGACAGUUUCUUCGAGCUUAUAUCGAGCAAUGCAAUUCUCCUCCUGUGCACAAUCUGGUAACCAUGGGAAGUCAGCACAAUGGCAUCUUUAAAUUUCAAUCUUGUGCCAGCUCUGGAGACUGGGUCUGCCGAGGCGCAGAAGCGUUAUUGCGUUACGGCACAUGGUCCGACUUUGUCCAGUCUCGGCUUGUGCCAGCACAGUACUUCCGAGAUGUUGAGGAAUACGAUUCGUACCUGAAGCAGAGCAACUUUCUCGCGGAUAUCAAUAAUGAACGAGAAGAGAAGAACGCAUUGUACAAAAAGAAUCUUGUUUCGCUGAACCGUUUUGGCAUGUUCAUGUUUGCAGAGGAUACGACGGCCGUCCCCAAGGAAAGUGCAUGGUUUGCUGAAGUGAAUCAAACCAGUGGCGAAGUGACGACGCUUAGAGAGCGGCCAAUAUACAAAGAAGACUGGCUAGGCUUGCGCACCUUGGAUGAACAAGGGAAACUUGAUUUUGAGACAAUUCCAGGACAACACAUGCAGUUGACAGAAAAGCUGUUGACCGAAGUUUUUGCGGAAUAUUUCAGCUCGGCCGUGGGUGGCGAUGAUUUAGCGAGAUUUCUACUUACGCAGAGCUCAUGA